AUGAUGAUGAUGAAAAAGAGAAAAAGAAAAAUAAAAAGGAAAAGGUCAGAAAAUGAAGUGUUAAAUUAUGGGUUGACAAUAGUAUCUAAAGGACAUGAGGGAUUGUUGAAGGAGUUGGAUAGGAUUUUGGAGACUUUCAGUAACUUUUUAGUUCGAAAGGUGGAGGAGAAAGAGGUGAUGGCAGAGGCAGGGGCAGUGGCAAGGGAGCUUAUAGCAGGGGAGUUGAAUACUAACAAGAAGAAGAUGGAGGCAGUAGAGGGACAGUGUGUAGCUCACUGGACGACGCUGGCUCCUAGUGUAGAGGAGUACAGUGGGAUGGCAGCAAGGCUGAUAACGGUAGGGUCAGGCCAUUUGGUUAAGGAAAUACUGUGUUGUGGAGAUAUGGCUGUGGAUCGGUUGAAGUCUGGGAAUGAGAUGUUGAAGCAAAGGAAAGCUCCUCCUUUGUUAAACCUCUAA